CCUGGGCCCCAGCUGUUAGCUGAUCCAGGCUUUCCUUCCCGUUAGGGCACGCUCUCCACUGGGCCCUGCUGCACUCUUCAGCGCUUUCCUUCCACGUGCCCGCCCUCCCGUUGCGCUAACCGGGCCCUCUGCUCACCGAUGCCUCCUCGCAGAGGUGGAAGACGCUUCCUGAUUCUUGUUUACCCGUACUCGGUGAUCCCUCGUUUAUAUCUCGAGCACAAACGUUCAGAAAGGGAGGUGACUAAUGAGAGAAACCAGCCGCCCCCCUUCUCACCGCCGCCGCCCCCUCACGGAUCACCGAGCCCCCUUUUCCAGCCGGCUACGGUACGGGGCCCCGAGGCUCCGGCCCCGCCUCUCCCCGCCCGACGUGGGCCGGCCUGGGACGUGCUCGGCCCGGCCCCGCCCCUCCGUCCCCCGCCGGCCGCGCUCAGCCAUGGAGCCGUGGGCCGCGGGGUCGGUGCCCGCCGCCUGCCUCCGUGAGUCCCUGCAGCCUCGCAGCCGGGCGCCUGCUGCCAGCUCCCAGCGGGGGCCGCCGCACAAUGCACAGGGGGAGCAGGGUGCAGAGCCGGGCCCUGGCAGCGAGCUGCCCCUCACCCCAGGCUGUGACACACAGACAGAGUUCUCCAAGGUGAGCAUGUCAAACCAGGAGUAUUACCUGAAGCUGGAAGAGCUGAAGAAUGCCCACCUGGAGACCAUGGCAAAAUUAGAAAGUAUGUGUCGGAACAAGCUGUAUUUAAAAGGAGUACAGCCCUUGGAGAGGAACAGCGCUAAGAAUGCUACUUCCAGCGUCUGCUGUAGGCCAACCUGGGAGAAGAGCACAUAUCAGCCUCUAAAUUUGCACAAAUCCUUCUCUGACUCCAGCAUAAGCGAUCCCUUAGGCUCGGGUGUAUCUGAUGGGUCUGACAGAGAACUAUCAUCUGAAGAAAGCUGUAGCAAAACCGGGUCAUCAUUAUUUGCUAAGGAGCGGAUUGCAAGGAUGUGGGACGGGUUCUCGGUGGAGGACUUCAUCCCCCGCAGGAAGCACAGCCUGCCCAGCACAGCGGCUGCCAGGUUAACACGGAAACAGAAGGCAUGGUCACCAAAAGUCACCGUGCCCAAGCCCUUCCAGAUGACAAUUAGAGAAGCUAGAAGAAAAGAACAGAAUGUCAAAUCCAAGUCGCAGAUUGAAAUGGAAAAUAACCUACUCAAGAAGCAGCUGGAGGAAGAAGCAGAGUGUCAGAAAAAGUUCCGAGCCAAUCCGGUGCCCGCUGCGGUCUUCCUGCCGCUCUACCAUGAAAUUGUGCAAAGGAACGAAGAGCGCAGGAAGUCUGUGAAGGAGAGGAGCAAACUCAGGCUUUUGGCUUCUCAGAAGCCAUUUAAGUUCACUGAAAGAGAGAAGCAAAGGGAUGAAAUUAGAAGAAGGCAAUUAAGAGACCUUUCCACACCUGAAAAGAAAACAAAACCAUUCAAAGCAAAACCAGUUCCCAGAUGUGUGUAUAGCCCAUCUGUUAGAGACAAGCUACAGGAGGAAGAGCUCUACAGAGAAAUUCGGAUUAGAAUGAGAGCUGAGGAGCUGCUACGAAAUGCAUCUCUGCCCACCAGCAGGCUGGCUGCCAAGGAUGCCAACAAGAAGAAACACAAGUGUGCUGAACCAAAGGAAACGGAGCAUAAACCCAAGAUCCAACCCAGCGUUCCAGAUUUUGACCAGCUACACCAGAAGUUUCAGAAACGGCUCCGGCAGAGGAAGCAGGUGAAACACCUCACCAUCUGCGAGCCGUUCCAUCUCCGCACUCCAUAUAUUCCUUCAAACAAGGGCAAGGUUUUGAGGGACAUUCAAGAGGAUGAAGAAAGGUUGAGAGAAACACGCUGGCCAUACGCCUCUCCAAGGCGCAGACCCAAAACCAGACAGUCACGCGCAAAUUCACCUCUCUCAGGAUCUGGAGAAUCCAAGUCGCCAAAAGUCACGCAGUCCUCACAACGAAGGCUACAGGCCGUAAGGAAUUCACGUGAGGAAAAGAGAAGGCUGGAAGAACAACAGAAAAGGAACAGAACAAAGCAGAAACAAAGAACAAAAAAACUACAGAAAAUUGUAAUGACUCGGGCUGAGGCCAAUGACCCCCAUCAGAGCCUCGCUCAGAUCUCUAAAUCCAAACUAAAGGCAUUCAGGAAUUCUACAAAGCAGAGAAUGCAGGACUAUUUGCAAGAGUUGCAAGAAAUGGAAGAAAGAGUAAAACAGAGGCCACUACUCUUGGAAAGAGUCGCUCAGAGUAAUGCCAGAAUAGCUGCAGAAAAAUAUUAUUGUAACAGACUGAGAGCUCUGGGGGUAUGCCCAGACUUUGUUUCAAAGAAAGGACAAACAACUAAAUUGCUGGAGUGCUGCAGUGCUGAAGAUUUUGAUGCCAAAGAAAGAGUCAUCAAGGAUAAAGUGAAAGAGAGGGAAUUCUUUGAGGAAGCAGCCAGCAUCAGUCCUCAAUCAGAGCAAUCCUUUGAGGAAGAGAAGAGAAAAGGUGUCAGAGCCCCCAGCUGGGAUGGUGAAUCCACUGAGAGGGAGGAAGAGGAAGAGACACAAGCCAGCCCUCACGUUCAGCAGCCUCACUGUGCAGGAGAGGCGGGGCCCAGCCCUACCUCUGACCAGCACAGGGAAGAAGAGGACCAGAAAGAGGAAAAGGAGGAGGAGGAAGCAAAGGCAGGCCUUCCGCUUGGCCAUUCCCUGGAGGAAGAGAAUGAGGAAGAAGAGGAUGGAUCAAGACCCAGCUCUCAGUCUGACCAGCCCCAUGAGCAGCAAGAGGAGGGUCAGUCUGACCCCGAAGCUGAGGGUGCCUUCCAAUAUGAGGAUGAGGAAUAUGAAAGUGAUGAUUCUGAAGAAAAGCCCAGUGAGGAGGAGGCUGACUGAAGGGAAGGCAGACAGGUUCCAGCGCACCAGGCUGGAACCUGGAAAUAGACACCAAAACCAUGUCUUUUUGCUAUUAAUAUAAAAAACUGUGAAUUUAAAACUCUUAACAGUUUUUCCAGCACAGAAACUGUGUUGAUUUUCCAGUAAGAAAGAUUAAUUUACUUAUUCCCACCAAGAAAAAAAAAAAUCAGUUAUUUUAUAUCCUCUUCUUUAUUCUAGACUUCAGUGACACUCAUGCACUUCUGUUCCUAAAAUGAACAGCAACCAGUGUUUAAAAGUGUCUUGCGUACUGUGUCAUUAAGUACUGAGGUCUCACUACAUCCAGCAGUAAUUUGCCCUUGCCUCCAGUCUCAAACACUGGGGUCCUUUUGGGCUCUGUUCCUGCAGUAUCUUCAAGGAUGGCAGUGAAGCAACAGGGGUUUGUUGUGCAAAAUCUCGUGUUUAGUAGAGCAGCUACAGGGAAGACAACUGCAGUCAGACAAAACAGCCACGUUCACCUGUUUGGUUCCUCCCUCCUGUUUGCUCCCCAGCAGCAAGCUGGAUUGGUUCAGUGAUUGGCCAGGGAGUGCCAGGGUUGGAAAAGAAGGAGGUGUCUGCUUUUGGAGGAAACAAGUUGUUAGAUGGGUCACCAUAAAUAAUUUGUGUACCUAAUAUAGGAAUAGUAUUACUCAUUACUGAAGGCUUGGCAUAUAGAGAAGAAAAAAUGCACUGUAAUACACUGAGAGGGGUCAUUUCAAGUUUUCACAGAGCUUUUUAACAGUAAUGGACAAGCGAGGUAGAAGAAUAAGUCAGUAGAAUAUGUUGAGGAAAGAAAGUACUAUUCUGCAGGUCUGGUGCUACUGCCCAACCAACAUAGAAAGUUGUGCUCUUUCACCUCCAUUUUGUUUCAAAGAGCUCUUUUGUGAUCAUGUAAAAUAAUUAUUAACAAGUGCUGACAUUAACCUUCACACUUUAUCGAGAUAGUAAACAGAUACUGUGAAAAGAGAACCUUAUAACUUCAGAUAAACACACAACCCUACUCAGGGCUUCAGCUACUAUGCAAGAAAGAACGCAAACAGGUUUGUUUCCCACCCCAUUGUUUAUAUCCCCAGUAGCUUCUCCUACUCUUACAAGCUUUCUUGCUAACCUGUCGUAGACAUUAGAAAACAGAAUAAAAUAAAACGCUCCCAUAACAAACCACCAAUCAGUAGAGAGCAGAGCAUAACACAGCAUCGCUCAGGCUCUGAAAAAGCACAUUCACUAAAUAGUAAACACAUUUGUUGAAGUGACCAAGUCUACAGAAGCAUCUGCAAUGACUAAGAAUACAGGUUUGGUGUUCCUGUGUUUCAACUCAACUUUCCUUCCACACUGUACCUGUUGUUAUUUAUUCCUCCUGACUUUGAGAAUCUGUCUCACUACUUAGAUUUUUUUCUUUUUAUUUUUCAUAUGUGGCAUAACUAAUACAAGUUUGAAACUUUUUUUUUUACUUAAAUAAAGUCUCCAUUCCACAUCUAUCUUA